AGGCAUCCUACAAGCUUGCCCGCGUCAAGAAGGUCGAGCGAGGGCCGAAGGGCAUCCCCUACGCCAUCACCCAUGAUGGGCGCACGAUUCGCUACCCCGAUCCGGACAUCAAGGCCCACGACACCGUGCGCAUAGACAUCGGCACCGGCAAGAUCAAGGACCACCUCAAGUUCGAGCCUGGACAGAGGGUCAUGAUCAGCGGCGGGAACAACAUGGGCCGCGUCGGCGACAUCACCCACCGCGAGCGCCACCCGGGCUCCUUCGAGAUCGUGCACGUCAAGGACCCGGACAACAACGGGCACGCUUUUGCGACCCGCAUGCAGAACGUUUUCGUGAUCGGCACGGGCGGCAAGCCGUGGAUCUCCCUGCCGAAGGGCAAUGGGGAGAAGCUGAGCAUCAUCGAGGACCGACCGCGCCGCGCGCAUGGCCAAGUGACGGGCCGCGCCGCCGCCGCGCGGGAGGGCCGCGGGCGGGAGGGGCCUGCGGGGGGCUUCGGAGCGGCCUCCAUCCCUCCCCCCCUUCCCCGAGCUCUUCCUCCAUGGUCCUCCCUCCCCCAUCUCCCUCGGGCGCCCUCCCGCUCGCCGCCACGGGCCGCUCAGCCCGGCGCCGCCCCCCCCUCUCCGCCGCGCGCGCGCGCGGCGCGCGGCGGCGGAGAACCCCCCCGGGGCAGAAGCGCCCGCCCCG